CAGGAGGAGGAAGAGGAAGAGAUGGAUAUUAGGAGAUCAUCAACAGUUCCUUUACAGUUUCUAUGUGUUUUGUUUCUACAACUCUCAUGGAUUGUUCUUCUCGUCGGCAGCCAGUCCAGUCCACUUACACCGGCCAUGUUCAUCUUUGGUGACUCAUUGAUCGACAAUGGUAACAACAAUUAUUUCCCCUCAAUGGCAAAAGCAAAUUAUAUUCCUUAUGGGAUCGAUAUGGGUUUUCCAUCCGGCCGAUUCUGUAAUGGUCUCACCGUCGUCGACUACGGUGCACUUUUACUGGGUUUACCCCUCAUACCUCCAUAUUGGAGCCCAACAUCAAAAGGAGAAAAAAUCUUGAGAGGAGUCAAUUACGCAUCAGCAGCGGCAGGAAUACUUGAUGAAACCGGCAGACAUUAUGGUGAGAGGACAUCAUUAAAUGGACAGAUAUUAUUAUUUGAGAAGACUGUGAGGUUGGAGUUACCACCAUUUUACCAAAACCCAGAGGCACUCUCCCAGUUCCUGACAAAAUCCAUUUUUCUCAUUGGUGUGGGUGGUAAUGACUACAUCAACAACUAUCUCCUCCCCAACAUGUAUACCAGUAGCAAAAUCUACAAUGGUGAAGCCUUUGCAGAUCUCCUUAUCAGAAACUUAUCACAACAAUUAAAGAACUUAUACAGUUUGGGUGCAAGGAAGAUGGCGCUGGUUGGGCUUGGAGCACUUGGAUGCAUACCUAGUCAACUUUCCAUGGCAAACAGCAGCGACGAGGGUUGUGUCAAGCCAGUCAACAACUUGGUCACUUUGUACAAUGCUCGUCUAGUUCAGCUGUUGAACACACUCAAUGCCAGUCUACCUGGUUCUUUCUUUGUGUACCACAAUGCCUAUGACAUCAUCACAGACAUGAUCAACAAACCUUCCAACUACGGUUUUACCAUACCAAAUGAAGCUUGCUGUGGGAAUGGGAGAUAUGGUGGAGCUGUAAGUUGCCUUCCUUUGCAAAAACCAUGUACGAAUAGAGACCAAUACAUCUUCUGGGAUUCCUUUCAUCCAACACAAGCUGUCAAUAAAAUCAUAGCCACAAGGUGCUAUACAAAGUCUGCGACCGACUGCUAUCCAAUCAGCAUCUACCAAUUGGCACAAAUAUAGAACAAAAUUCCCCAGAAGAAACAAACUGAUGCUUCUAUUAGCAUCUUAUUCAUCUCUUUAUGUAAGGUUGUUAAGUUGUUCAUC